GUGUAUUAAUCUUAAAUCGAUUGAUGAAUCGCAUAUAUUUAAAGAGUCUGAAGAAGGAGAUGCAUCUGGGCAAGAAGUUCGUUUACAUGACGGACGGAGCGUACGCGAAAUUCGUGGUGCUGCGACGCAUCAGAUCUUCAAUGCUGAUCAGGAAGAUCCAGUUGGCUUGGCGGCGUUAUCACCGGAGACGCAAGAAUGCUGCAGCUGUUAUCUGUAGAUUUGUUAGGAGGGUGUGCGCUGCGAAAAAUGCGCGGCGAUACGAAAAGUUCAUAGAUCUGUCGAAGAAGAGCAGCGAAGUGUGCAUCCUGGAUCAGGAGCAGCAGUUGCUCGGCAACACGAAGACGGAGGAUUUUCUGAGCAAGCACAGCUUCGAUCUGAACUUCGAGGGGGAUCAGCUCUCGUUGUCGCUGGAGAAGAUGUGCAGCGAUGUCGAGGUUAAGCCGUUCAAACGAGUGCUCUUCUUUGGCGACAGAAUCGUUAGCUUCAAUCGAUUGGCCGAGAUACCGGUGCGCUUCCACCUCGCCAAGACCUGCUUCAAAUAUUCGAACAUCCUGCCCAGGUCGGAGCUCCCGUACGGACUUCCAGAUAUUUUUUAAUAUUGAAUAAAAGGUACAUGUCUCUCUUUAAAUUCGGAAUGCCGCGAU